AUUUGUAUCACGCAUUGUCCAUAACCUGCGGACUUCAGAGACCUGCCCCGAUCUCGCAGCCAAGGACAUCGCACGAGUGUUCCGUGACUCACACACCACACGGGUUAUAACUCCUCACCCACGCCAGAUCUUCAUUCCUCAGGUCUUAGUCUAGACACUCGAUCGUACAAACAUCCAUCAUGGGUUCCGUUGCACACCCUGUGGCAGAGCUUGAUGCCUCUGUGGUCAAGAUCACUCGGUCGACAAAUCUCCGCCCGGUUCCUGAACCGGGCUCGCCCGAGGAAUUGAGCCAUUCGUACUGUACUGACCAUAUGGUCACUGCCCGGUGGACCGUGGCCGAUGGCUGGGAAACCCCUGAGGUGAAGCCGUUUGAGAAUCUUAGCAUUCCUCCCACAGCGUCUUGCUUGCACUAUGCCACCGAAUGCUUUGAGGGUAUGAAGGUGUACAGAGGAUAUGAUGGCAAACUGCGCCUGUUCCGGCCGGAUUGCAACGGGGAGAGAUUGCUCAUGAGUGCUCAAAGAGCCUCUUUACCUAGCUUCCGGUAUGAGGAGCUGAAGGUUCUCAUCGCUAAGUUGAUGCAGAUUGAUGGACCCCGUUGGCUCCCCAAGGACCAACCUGGUCGUUUCCUCUAUCUCCGUCCCACAUUGAUUGGUAACGGCCCUCAUCUGGGUGUCCAGACUCCCAAGGAAGCCCUCCUAUUCAUCAUCGCCGUACCAUGGCCCGACCCAUCCAAGUUGAAGAAGCCUGAAGAGGGCACUAAACCUGGAUUGAAGCUUCUUGCCUCUACACCCGAUACUAUCCGUGCCUGGCCAGGUGGUUUCGGCUAUGCAAAGCUCGGAGCGAACUACGGUCCCUCGUUGGUUGCGCACGGUAAAGCUCAAGCCAUUGGCUUUGACCAGAUUCUCUGGUUGUUUGGACAGGACCGUCAGGUAACCGAGGCCGGUGCUAGUAACUUCUUCAUUGUUUGGGAGAACAAGGAAACCGGAAAGAUCGAGCUUGUCACCGCACCCCUGGAAAACCAGUUGAUUCUUCCCGGUGUUACUCGCCGUAGUGUCCUCCAAUUGGCACGCACAGAGCUGUCAAAGCCUGUUGGUUCCCUUGCCCCGGUUGAGGUUGUUGAGCGGGACUUCACUAUUAGCGAGGUCGAACAGGCUUGGAAGGAGGGCCGCAUCAUCGAAGCUUUCGUCUGCGGCACUGCCGUAAGUUACACUACACCAAGGAUUCUUAGCAAACAUAUGUUAACAAUAGGGCAGUUCUUCGUUACGCCAGUUAAGCUUAUCCGGAAUGGUGACAUCGAUAUGGACAUGCUGGAAGCUGGUGCAGCUCGUGGAGGAUAUGCAGCCCAGAUCAAGUCUUGGUUGGAGGCCAUCAUGUACGGUAAGGAAGGCAAGGAGAAUGACGAAUGGUCUUACAUCAUUGAGGGAGAGAGCGAAAAAUAAGGGAGAAUUAAACUUGUGAUGGACCUGAUGAAUACAAUAAUGAGAGGUGGAGGUGGGGUUGGUUGCAUUGUACAUACAUGAUAAAUGACCUGCAUGUCACGGGGUCAAAGAUCCUUGCUUAGAUCAUAGAUUUAUUUCAAUUGAGCGUUCUUUUUCUCUAUCUUUGCCUUCGAUUCAAUUUAGCUUUGCCAAUGUUGAGA